AUGCUACGCAACCUUAACCCGAACGACUACGACCUAGCGAUUAUCCAAGAACCAUACAUCAACCCGGUCAAUCUGGCCCCAAGUUCCUCCCGAUGGGACAUAGUCUACCCAUCGACGCACGGCGACAAUGGAGCGGAACGUACUAACUCAAUUAUUCUAGUGAACAAACGCCUUUCAAAAAACACCUGGAAGAACGUCCCUUUCAAGAACAGCAAUGUAACCGCAAUCGAACUCAAAGGUAACACAGGUAAUAUUCUAAUCUAUAACGUAUAC